GGUUGAGUUAGUGGGGGAUAGGUAAUUGGUUUUUAUAUGUGUUGCUAUUGCCUGUAUCAGUAUUAUCACCUAAUCCUAUAAAGAAAUUGUGAUAUUUUGUAUUCCUAUUAACUAUUUUAGAAAUGGCAGCAUUAAAUUUAGUGCGGAAUUGUCUGGACAGAGUGCGGCGGUUUCGGGAGUGUAGUGAUACAUUUGCCUAAAUGGUGGGCUUGACAAGAGUUUGCUGUACUUAUGUGCAGCGAUCAGUGUCAAGAGCACUGCAUUCUCCUGAUGAGACCAAAGUCACUGUUCAGGGCUGGCUACGCUCAGUCAGAGCACAGAAGAGCAGGGUGUUUGCCUCGCUCAAUGAUGGUCUCAGUGCAGAGACUCUGCAGCUUGUCAUUCCAUCCAGCCUAGACCCAAAAGGUCUAUCUGUGAACAGUUUUGUUCAGGUCUCGGGCCAAAUUGUGCACACUCCCAGCCGUCCCCAGCCGGCGGAAUUGAAAUGUCACCACGUCCAUCUAGUCAAAACGUGCCCGCCGGAGGGGUACCCGUUCCCGGCCCGCUCCAGCCCCGAUUGGCACCAGGCCCGGCAGCACCCACACCUGCGCUCGCGGCUGGCGCGCUGCGGCGCCGUGCUGCGCGCCCGUGCGGCCGUCACCCGCGCGGUGCACGAGCACAUGGAGCGCCAGGGUUACCUGCAGGUGGACACGCCCGUGCUGACUGCCAAUGACUGCGAGGGAGCCGGUCAUGUGUUCACAGUCACGACAUCUCCCGGGCGCAGUGAGGCCGGUGACAGUGCCGACAGCGAUGGCAGCAGUGACAGUGACGACAGGGAGCGGCCGUUCUUCGGGCGGGACGUGUACCUGACCGUGUCCGGACAGCUGCACCUCGAGGCCGUCACCUGCGGCGUGACACACGUAUACACUCUGAGCCCGGCGUUCCGCGCGGAGCGGUCCCGCACGCGCCGCCACCUGGCCGAGUUCCGCAUGCUGGAGGCAGAGCUGGCGCCGGCCGCCGAGCUGUUCGAGCUCACGGGGCCCCUGGAGCAGCUCACCCGGGAGGUGACCGAGAGCUUCCUGGCGAGCUGCGGCCCAGAGCUGGAGCUGCUGCGGCCAGGCGAUUGGCGGGAACACCUGACGUUCCUGAAGCGGCUCCAGUCGACUCCCUUCGCGCGGAUCACCCACGCAGAGGCCGUGGAACUUCUGCGCAGGCGCGGUGACCUGAGCUCCGCGCCGCGACCCGACGGUGACCUGAGCCGGGAGCACGAGCUGGCACUGCUGGAGCACACGGGGAACACACCAGUGUUCGUGACCGACUGGCCGGCGGAGCUGAAACCGUUCUACAUGAGGCCCAGCGGAGAGAACACGGUGGCCGCGGUGGACCUGCUGGUGCCGCGGAUCGGGGAGCUGGCCGGCGGCAGUCUGCGUGAGGACUGUGCCGACCGCCUGUCCUCCCGACUCGCCCGUCUGGGCCUGUCGGAGCGGCUGGACUGGUACGUCCAGCUGAGGCGCUACGGCGGCCCGCCCACGGCCGGCUACGGCCUGGGCCUGGAACGGCUGCUGCUGCUGCUGACCGGCCUGGAGCACGUCAGGGACGUGGUCCCCUUCCCCCGCUGGCUGCACCACUGUGACACCUAGCGCCGCCCGGCGGCCGGCGCCGGAACUAACCGAGCGGCCGGCAGCAGCGGGGUAAGGAACAGUGGUGCUAUGUGGAUACUUUGAUAGAGCAGGGCUUUCUGUGCUGAAAUAUAUGACAUGUGAUGUGUUAGAAGAAUG